UGUCAUUUUACGUCUUGAUUUGGUGGAGCAUGAUAGCGUAUUACUAGUUUUCGCUAGUACUGUUAUCAGUUUAGAAGCCAUUUGUUUGGCGAUGAAGCUAUUAAUAGCUUUUAGCUUGUUGUGUGCUGUUUAUCGCGAGAUGUUGCACACGAAAAUCGUCUUGCAAAGCAUCAGGAACCUGGUUUCAAGGGGGCUGACAAGGUAGAUGUGAAGUCGAUUCGAUAUUGCAUUCUUUGUCUCCAUUUUUAGACUUGAUGUUGCCAUUUUGUAAACUGUGGUACAAAUAGAUUAGACUAGUUCGACGCUAAACUCUACUUGUGAGAUAUUUUUAUUAAACAUCCAGUAUUUACUCAAGUGAAGGCUUUGCGAUGCCUGGCACAUGCAUGAUCCUUAACUUCCAAGUCAGAUUGUAUUAUGCCAGCUCCAUUCUGAAAAUAAUUGAAUGCAGGAUAUGCAAUUUUGAUGCUAGAUGCAUCCAAGGAGCAAGCUGUCAAAAGCCUUGAGUGUUGCCAUUUCGAUCGCACAAAAGACAGACGGCAGCAUUGGUUCCUCCAAUUCCUCCUGGCCAAGAGAAAAGCUUCUUAUAAAUUGGGUUGCUCAUCAUCUCCAUGGCACAAGCACAAGUGCACAACCCAAGCUGCUUAUUAGCAAGAUCAUUUAGCCUCCAAAGCUUAAUCAAGAUUCAGGCCAUCUGACCUGAUACAAUAAUGGCAUCCUCCAUCUUGCUCCUGGUGGUGCUUGCAGUAGUGUCAGCUCCAGUGGCGCUGGUCAUGGCCGGCGACCCAGACAUCCUGACGGACUACGUCAUCCCGGCCGGCAGCAACGCCGAGAACAUCACCGGCGACUUCUUCACGUUCACCGGCUUCCGCAACCCGCUGAGCAUGAACAUGAGCAUGCCGAUGCCCAACGCCAACUUCACGGUGACCAAGGCCACCAUGGCCGAGUUCCCGGCGCUCAACGGCCAGAGCGUCUCCUACGCCGUCCUCAUGUAUCCCCCGGCCACCCUCAACCCGCCGCACACCCACCCGCGCUCUGCCGAGCUCCUGCUCCUCGUCGACGGCGCGCUCUCCGUCGGCUUCGUCGACACGACCAACAAGCUCUACACCCAGGACCUUGCCGCCGGCGACAUGUUCGUCUUCCCCAAGGGGAUGGUGCACUUCCAGUUCAACUCCGGGAACCAGCCGGCCAUGGCGCUCUCGGCGUUCGGAAGCGCCGCCGCGGGGCUCGUGUCGGUGCCGGUCACCGUGUUCGGCACAAACAUCGACGACGCCGUGCUCGCCAAGUCGUUCAAGACCGACGUGCCUACGAUCCAGAAGCUCAAGGCAGGCCUAACUCCUCCCAAGAAAGCCUAAGCCCUCCCCGUUGGUGUUAAUUAUUCUUGUUUUUCAUCCUGCUGCUGCUGCUGCUUGAAAUAAGAGACCUUCCAGGCUACCAACUACUGAAGAAGGUAAAUUAUGAUUUGUGUGGUGAAUAAUUCUGAAUUGUGGUUGUAUUGUCUUGUCUGAAGAGCUUUGAACCAUGUAUCUAUCAGUAUUAAUUAAGGCGUUGUGGGAAUAUAUAUAGACCAGUUCAGUUGUAAGUGUUGAGAGUUUCUCUGCUGUAACGGCUUUCCACAAUAAUGAUACAUCUCUUAAUACUGUGUGUUUCCACUUA